AUGUCAAAAAGAACAUAUACUCAAAUUCAUUCUUCUUCCACAAAACCUACCAACGCAGAAAUAUCGAAUUUUAUUCCCUCCGAUAAUGCUUAUACCAACGCCGAAGAAAGGCGUAAAUUUAAAGAGAGGCGUAAAUUUAGAAAGAUGGUGUUGGAUAGUCGUAGAUCCAAUGUGAUACGUCUAUCUAAUUAUAAUAAUAACAACUCAACCCCGUCAUCCAAAAGUCAACGAUAUACUAUAUGUUCAAAUAUCAUUACAUCUACGACCUCAACUUUAAGGAAGUUAUCCAAAGGUAAACAUACGUUAUUGAGUAACGCACAAUCUCUAUCUCCUUUGCCAAUGAAUGACUUGACAUCAGAUGCACAAGAUCCAUAUAAAGGAGUAUCUAAAUAUUAUUUAGAUCAUGGGGAUCAAUUAGUUAUAUGUGAAGUAUGUAAUGCCAAACUGUGGGCGUGUGAAGCAGGAAAAGGAAGAGAUUUUGCUGGCAAAACAACUUACAUGCUUUGUUGUGGUUAUGGGAAGGUACAUCUUCCAGAAUUUAAAGAAACAGGUCUGGAAUAUCAGAAUCUUUUCAAAAAUUUAGACGCAAAAAGCAAGCAUUUUUUACAAAAUAUUCGACGUUACAACUCUAUGUUUUCUUUUACUUCAAUGGGUGGGAAAGUUGAUUCAAAGAUUAAUAAAGGAAAUGCUCCGUUCAUAUAUAGAAUUAGUGGUGAAAAUUAUCAUACAUUAGGAAGUCUUCUUCCUAAACAAGGUGACCAACCAAAAUUUGCCCAGCUCUAUAUAUAUGACACUAAUAACGAAGUCUCUAAUAGAAAGAACAUAUUCAGUAACUCAAAGAAAGUGUCUUCAGCAUCUUUUGAUUCCCUUGACACUGAAAUCAUAGAAUACUUAAAGGUGAUGUUAGAUUCAAAUAAUCAGCUGGUCAAAACAUAUAGGCGUGUGAGAGAUCGCUUUCUUGACAAUCCUCAUGUUGACCUUAAAUUACGCCUAAAGUCAAAAAGGACUAAAGAUGGACGUACAUACAACUUACCAACAUCUUCUGAAGUUGCUGCACUUAUAGUUGGAGAUAUUGAAGAUGCACUAGACAACCGAGAUGUUGUUGUAGAUUCAAAAAAAGAUGGUUUACAACGUAUAAGUGAGCUUCAUCCAUCCUAUAUCGCGCUUCAAUAUCCAUUGCUAUUUCCUUUUGGAGAAGACGGUUAUCGGAUUGAUAUUCUUCACAGAGAAGGAAGAUCAUCAAAAAAGAAAAAAGAUUCUAAAUGUUCAAUGAGGGAAUAUUUUGCAUAUCGUAUUCAAGAUAGAGACAAUCAAUUCUCUCUAAUUUUAAACGCCAGACGACUUUUGCAACAGUUCUUAGUUGACAUCUAUACAAUGGUUGAAAGUGAGCGGCUAUUUUACAUACGCUUCCAACAAAAAAAUCUAAGAUCCGAGUCAUAUGAGAACCUUAAUAACUUGCGACAAAAUGGAAAUGAAGAUAUGUCAAAUGUUGGAAAACGUGUAAUACUACCGUCUUCCUUUACUGGUGGUUCACGUUACAUGAGGGAAAACUAUUAUGACGCAAUGGCUAUUUGUAAAUGGUUUGGCUAUCCUGAUUUUUUCAUUACAAUCACGUGCAAUCCUAAAUGGCCAGAGAUUAAAAGAUUUCUAAAGGAUAAGAACAUUAAUCCCGAAGAUAGACCAGACAUUUUAUGCCGACUGUUCAAAAUUAAGCUGGACUCAAUCAUAAAAGACUUGCGAGAAAAGUCAUUAUUUGGGAAGUCUUCGGCAGUGAUUUAUACAAUAGAGUUUCAAAAAAGAGGCCUACCCCACGCUCAUAUCUGUUUGUUCUUACAAGAUGAUAAUAAGCUACCUUCGGUUGAGCAUGUUGAUAACUUUAUCUCAGCUGAAAUACCUGACAAAAAUGUAGACCCAGAGUUGUAUACGCUUGUCAGUGACUACAUGAUUCAUGGACCUUGUGGUCUUGCAAAUCUCAAUUGUCCAUGUAUGUUCGAAGAUUCCGGGUUAUUUGUUGAGAAAUCAGAUGUUCAGCUUGACAACAGAAGUGUAGUCCCAUACAACAAAACACUUUUGAGACGUUAUCAAGCACACAUUAAUGUCGAAUGGUGUAACCAGGCCGCUUCAAUUAAAUACCUGUUCAAAUACAUUAACAAAGGUCCCGAUAGGACAGAAGUUGCUGUUAUACAAAAUGAUGAAGAAGGUCACCGACAAAAUGGGAAAGACGAAAUCAAAAAGCAUUAUGACUGUAGAUAUCUCUCGGCAUGUGAAGCUUCGUGGCGCAUUUUUGCAUUUGAUAUUCAUUAUAGGUAUCCUUCGGUAAUCAGGCUUCCUUUUCAUCUACCAGACCAGCAAAAUGUUAUAUACGGUCCUGAUGAUGAGCUAGAAAACAUUCUUAACAAACCAUCAAUUUCGUCUACGAUGUUUUUGUCCUGGAUGGAAGUUAACAAAAACAAUGAGUUGGCACGUACCCUUACUUAUGUUGAAUUCCCAACUAAAUUUGUAUGGAAUUCUCAGGAUAGAACAUGGACAACACGAAAAAUAGGCAAACCCAUUGGACGUAUUCAUUGUGUUAAUCCAUCUAUGGGCGACGCUUAUUUUUUAAGAAUCCUUCUUAAUAAGGUAAGAGGUCCUAAAUCAUUUGAAGAAAUAAGAACAGUAAACGGACAAGUCUUCCCUACAUUUAGAGACGCAUGCUACGCUCUAGGCCUUUUAGAUGACGAUAGGGAAUAUAUCGAAGCUAUUAAGGAGGCUUACUAUACAGGUUCAGGAUACUAUCUUCGCAAUCUAUUUGCUACCAUGUUGUCGUCUAAUACCUUAUCUAGACCUGAACACGUGUGGGAAAAUACAUGGGAAUACCUUGCAGAUGGCAUCUUACAUACGCGUGAGAAGCAAACAGGAAUUGAAGGCUUAUCUCUUCCUGAAGAACAAAUAAAGAAUCUAACGUUGCUGGAAAUAGAGAAUUACUUACUUCGGAAUAACUCUACCCUACGAAGGUUUCCUUCUAUGCCUUAUCCUGAUAGUCAAUCCAUAGCCUCAGCAGACAAUCGUUUAAUAACAGAUGAGCUAUCAUAUGAUGUAAGUGUUGUUGGUGCAGAAUUUAAUACUCAUCUAAUUACUUUAACAUCUGAACAACGAUUAAUAUUUGAUGAGAUAACUCGUGCCGUUGAUGAAAACAAAGGAGGUUUAUUCUUUGUUUACGGUUAUGGAGGUACUGGUAAAACCUUUUUGUGGAAGACAUUGUCCUCGGCUAUCAGAUCUAAAGGCCAAAUUGUAUUAAACGUAGCAUCAAGUGGAAUUGCAUCUCUGUUGUUAUCUGGUGGUAGGACAGCACAUUCUAGGUUUCAUAUUCCUUUAAAUCUUACCGAAGAAUCAAUGUGUCACAUCAAACCAGAUGGGGAGGUUGCUGAUCUACUAAAACAAACAAAAUUGAUCAUUUGGGAUGAAGCUCCAAUGAUUCACAAACAUGCGUUCGAGGCACUGGACCGAACAAUGAAAGACAUCUUCAAAUCAGAUGAUUCACUUAAUUCAGAAAUGCCUUUCGGAGGUAAAGUUAUGGUUUUAGGUGGUGAUUUUAGACAAAUCCUUCCGGUUGUUCCUAAUGGUAGUAGACGCGAAAUUGUAAAUGCUUCCAUCACUUCAUCCUACAUUUGGAGGACAUGCAAAGUCCUAACACUAACAAAAAACAUGAGGUUAACGAUAGGGAAUAACACAUCAGAAACAGAACAGACCAAAUCUUUUGCAAAGUGGCUUCUAGAUUUGGGUGAGGGAAACAUUGGUGAUACCGAUGACUGUCAUAUGACCAUAGAAAUUCCUGAAGACCUACUAAUAAAAAACUCGGUAGAUCCUAUGUCGAGUUUAAUUGACUUUGUAUACCCUUCUCUCCUUCAAUUGUAUAAAGAUAAAGAUUAUUUCGCAGAAAGAGCCAUACUUGCACCAACAAAUGAAGUGGUACAUGAAAUUAAUGAAAGAUUGCUUGCACUGUUUCCAGGAGAUGAAAUUGAGUAUUUGAGCGCUGAUAGCAUAUGUCAAACUGACAAGGCUAAGAAUCCAACACACGAAAAUUUAUACUCACCUGACGUUCUAAAUGGUCUUAAAAUAUCAGGAUUGCCUAAUCAUCGAUUAGUACUUAAAGUUGGCGUCCCAGUAAUGUUGCUGCGUAACAUUGAUCAACAAAAUGGCUUAUGCAACGGUACUAGAUUACGGAUUACCAAACUUGCAAAACGUGUUAUUGAAGCUGAAAUUAUAUCCGGAGGAAACAUCGGUACGAAAACAUAUAUUCCACGAAUCACUUUGAUACCAUCUGACAAAAAAAUCCCUGUCAAGUUUCAACGACGUCAAUUCCCAUUAUGUGUAUGUUUUGCAAUGACAAUAAACAAAAGUCAAGGACAGUCUCUAUCAAGGGUUGGAUUGUAUUUGAAAUAUCCCGUUUUCACACAUGGUCAACUUUAUGUCGCAUUGUCAAGAGUAAAAAGCCGAGCUGGUAUGAAGUUACUUAUAUUAGAUGAGCAUGAAAAUGUUACAAAUAAGACAACCAAUGUGGUGUAUAAGGAGAUCUUUAGUGAAAUUUAA